AUGUCUUCAACACGCGACACUUAUCGCGUGGCUGUCGCCUGCAGUGAUGAGCUUCUUCGUGCUGCGUAUGAACUGCGCCACGAGGUAUUCUAUCUGGAGCAGGGCUAUGACGAGGAUCGCGAAGUCGAUUCGUUGGACGAAGUCAGUGUCCCUCUUGUGCUCCUUCGUGAGCGUGAUCAAGCUGUCGUUGGCGUGAUGCGCAUCGUGCCGUACCCGGUACCGAGGGAGGAAGUGCCCUUUUAUACACGUGCGCAGAUUGCAGGCGGUCUUCUCCCUGGCCGUGGCAGGUCAGAGGCAGAUAUGGCCCAGCAGUUUGUAGCGGCGCAGACCACGACGCUAUCGGGCUCGACACUGACGUACUCGGGCGGCAAGCUUGGCCGCAUCGCUAUCAGUCGUCAGGCGCGUGGACAAGGAUGCGGAACGAUCCUUGUCUCGGCCGCUGAGCAGUGGAUGAUCUCUGCCCUGCGUGCCGCGCAACGCCCCGACGGUGUGACUCAUGUGGAGACCAAGUCGCAGCUCAGUUCGCAGAAGAUCGCGCUUCGCUUCUACGAAUCGCAAAACUAUGUGACGCAAGGCGCAACGUACUUGGAAGAAGGCCAGCCGCACAUUUUCUGUGUCAAGCCGUUGACCGUGUAUUCCUGA